AAGAUCUGUGAUCUUUUUACACUCGUACUUGUUUGGGUGUGACAGUACCAUUACAGGCUAUUCCUAUUAUAGAGUAUUGAUGUUUUACAAAUUGGAGUUUUUAAUUGCCUUAAAUUCAGGACUAGUAGCAAUUAUAUCACGAGACACUACAGUGUUAAGAAAAAAUGGAAUCCCUCAUUACAUUAAGUGCCCAAAAUCUGACUUCAACCAUCUUAACCGGACAAUCCACAAUGGCACUUGCUUCUGACAUACUGACUACAAAAGGGCCCUAUACUAUGCGACAUAUUAUGAGUUUCAAUAAUCAUACUGUGGCGGAUAAAGUACCUCCGGACAUGCUGCAUUUGAUUGACCCGCAUUGGUAUCAGUUUCCACCACUGGAUCCAAUGUGGCAUAAAAUCUUAGGCCUCGUGAUGGUCGUGCUGGGAAUUAUGGGUUGGUGCGGCAACGGCGUUGUAGUAUACGUAUUCCUGUUGACACCUUCGCUAAGAACGCCGAGCAAUCUUUUGGUGGUAAAUCUAGCUUUCUCGGACUUCAUCAUGAUGAUCAUUAUGUCUCCUCCUAUGGUGAUCAACUGCUACUAUGAGACCUGGGUAUUAGGAACUCUGAUGUGCGAUAUAUAUGCAAUGAUUGGCUCUCUAUGCGGGUGCGCCUCGAUAUGGACCAUGACUGCUAUCGCUUUGGAUCGAUAUAAUGUUAUAGUAAAGGGUAUGGCGGGAAAGCCACUCACCAUUUCGAAAGCAUUGCUCGAAAUUUUGGUAAUCUGGAUGUUCGCUUUAGUAUGGACGAUUCUACCAAUGGUGGGAUGGAACAGGUAUGUGCCAGAAGGCAACAUGACCGCCUGUGGUACGGAUUAUCUGACCAAAGAUUGGAGUUCCAAAUCCUACAUCUUGGUGUACUCGAUAUUUGUGUAUUAUACGCCGCUCUUUACUAUAAUCUAUAGCUAUUAUUUCAUCGUUUCGACGGUAGCUGCUCAUGAGAAGGCAAUGAGAGAACAGGCGAAGAAAAUGAAUGUCGCGUCUUUACGAUCUGGAGAUAAUCAAAAUAUAAGCGCGGAAGCAAAGCUGGCAAAGGUAGCUCUAAUGACUAUUUCAUUGUGGUUCAUGGCGUGGACGCCGUACCUGGUUAUCAAUUAUACCGGCAUAUUCGGUGGUGCUAAUUUGAGUCCUCUCUCUACCAUCUGGGGAUCUCUCUUCGCGAAGGCGAACGCCAUAUAUAACCCCAUCGUUUACGGGAUUAGUCAUCCAAAGUACAGAGCAGCAUUGAAAGAGAAGCUACCGUUCUUUGUGUGCGGCUCGACCGAAGAACUGGCACCUGCGAAAGUCGCAGAAACAACAUCCAAUACGACGCAAGCGUAAUGCCUCGCAACGAAUCGUAAAUCCAAGCAUUGUGUGAUAUAACAUAAAAUGCACGCACUCCUAUGCGCUUCGCGUAUACACGAGAAGUCAGUAAAUGAGUGGUACCGAGUAUAUUUUUUUUAUUCGAUGAAAUGUGUAAAUUUAAUCUCCAAGAAACGUGUGUAAAAAUCUAUAAUUUGUAAAGCUUCAACAGCUAUUACGGAUGGCCGAUUAUGCAAAAAGCUACGUACACGGGAUUUCGAGUGAACCAUGUGUUUUCAAACAUAUAUACGAGAAAUUUGUAUUUUCGUUUUUCAAUUUUUGUCUUUCGUUCUUCCCUUUUACGGUUUUCGUUUUUUCCUUUUAAGGUGUUAAGUAUCACCUUCGCAAAAGGUGAGCAAUACGAGUCACGUAGCGUUAAUUGUAUUGUACUGAUAGUAUGCAAAAAGAAUAUUAAUGAAUAAAUCGCUUGGUGAUAUAAUGA